CGUGGUCAUCAAAUGUAUUUGUCACAUACUUUAUCGCGUUGGCUUCGAAAACAACACAGUUAAAAAAUCAAUGGAAUCCGAAUACUUCAAGUACUUAAUAGUUUUGUUUUCAAAACUAUGUUUGGUUUCAGUUCAAUUGCACAAUGGCAAAUAUUGUCGACUACCCGAAAGUAAUGGUAUGGGAAUUUGUAAAAAUAUAAUUGAUUGUCCGUAUGAAUUAUCAAGAUCAAAUACCAGUGACAUGGUUACUCAAUCGUUAGAUUGUGGCUCAAAUGACUCAAUUACAAUUGUAUGCUGUCCUACAAUACCUCAUCCAGAUGGUUUUGGACCUGCUGCUAUAGCUUGUAUUGCUCAUGAAUGGAAUGGUACACUUCCAAAUCGUACUUCACCAAUCAAAAUUUGGCAUAAAAUACAAGAGGAGUCUUUAGGAUUCCCAUUCUUGGUUGCUGUCGGUCAAACAUCUCCCCUUUCAAACAUCAUUAAUUAUUUUUGCGGCGGCUUGCUAAUCUCAGAUAAGUUUGUUCUGUCUACUGCUGACUGUUAUUGGUCGACAAACAAAAAUUUGACGGUGAAAGUUGGGUCAUCUAGUGUUGACUUUAAUAACAAUAAUGAAGAAGGAGCCCAGAAAAUACAAAUAGAAGAGAUAAUAAUGCAUCCAGAGUAUAGUAGUCAGAAUAAGAACAACAACAUCGCGCUUUUGAAAUUGAAAAAUCCCGUCACUUGGUCCGAUAAAGUGAAACCUAUUUGCUUGCAAACAAAACCGUUGGUUGAUAUCCAUUGGGCUGUUGAUGGCGUAAAUAUCACUGCUGUUGGUUGGAAAUCUCAUCAAGGAGCAACUAAGUUACAAUUAAAGUUGGUUCCAAAAGAAAAAUGUUUCGAUAAUUCCCUGGUCAACUACUUGAGUAUAAAUAACAAUACAGUGGUUUGUGUUGAACCUUUAAAAAAGGCUAGUCGACAAGAAUUGAUAAAUAAUUGCUCGAAUAUCCGAGGACAUUUUAUUCUACGGUCGCAGAACAACGAAGUUUAUUUGGUGGGAAUCAAUAUUUUUUCUGUUGAUUUUUGUGACCGUCCAGUUGCUUACAUUAAGAUCGAUAAGUAUAUCGAUUGGAUUGAGAGCAACGUUUGGCCAGAAUUGUUUUCCGUGUUGCAAGGGGCUCAAAGUAGGCACUUUUAGCUGAAAUAAUGAUGGAGAUAUAGAGAAAAGUUUAAUAACGAAAUCAAACUUGAUUUUCCUCUGUGUUAAAAUUUGAAAAAAAUGAUGAUAAAUUAAAUUAUUUUUGAAGAAUUGAAA